GCUUUGCGCAGUGUCAAUCAAGUCAGUAUUUCCAGGAUCUCAUACCACAUUCUGUCGUCAAAAUGGCCUUCGCUUGGAAAGCAGCAGGUCUCACCUACAACCGAUACCUCGCAGUCGCUGCCAGAGUCGUCCGAAGAUCUCUGAAGGAAGGACCGAGAUUACAAGCCGAGAGAAGAGGAGAGAUGGACUUGAGAUUUGCAAAAUGGCAGGGCGGGAAACAAGGAGACAACCACAGCCUGGCUACUGCCAACGCUAGUGCCAUGGCCGAACAUGCAGCAAGCGAAGCCAAAUAAGUGAAAUCAUGAUGCGUCAUUAGAGGACUGCGAUACAUGGGGGAGAGAGUUCAGGGACGAAUCGAUGCUACAAAGCCUGUACAUAAACAUAGGGAAAAAAGGACUUCGUUGCCAAACAAUGGAUUGCUAGCCCGGAAUGCUGCACCUGACAUUUCGUGGAGUAACUGAA